AUGGCGGCGGCUCUGCAGACGAAUAUCCGACCGGUCAAGUUUCCGGCCACUUUCAGAGCUCUCACCAAGCAAUCUGCCGCACCCUUUAGAGUAAGAUGCGCUGUUACUUCCCCCGAAAAAAAACGAUACAACAUCACUCUCCUUCCCGGCGACGGCAUCGGUCCGGAGGUCGUCUCCAUCGCCAAAAAUGUGCUUCAGCAGGCUGGAUCUUUGGAAGGACUGGAAUUUAGCUUCCAGGAGAUGCCCAUAGGAGGAGCUGCCUUGGAUUUGGUCGGAGUGCCUUUGCCUGAGGAGACAAUCUCGUCUGCAAAAGAAUCGGAUGCUGUGCUUCUUGGAGCCAUUGGAGGGUACAAAUGGGAUAACAAUGAAAAACAUCUGAGGCCUGAGAAGGGGUUACUUCAGCUUCGGGCCGGUCUUAAAGUCUUUGCAAACCUGAGACCUGCUACUUUAGUGGAUGCUUCGACCUUGAAGAGAGAGGUUGCAGAAGGUGUUGAUCUAAUGGUUGUGAGGGAGCUUACAGGAGGUAUUUACUUUGGAGAGCCAAGGGGCAUAAAGACUAAUGAAAAUGGGGAGGAAGUUGGGUUCAAUACUGAGGUUUAUGCUGCUCACGAGAUUGAUAGAAUUGCUCGUGUUGCCUUUGAGACUGCUCGGAAACGGCGUGGCAAGCUUUGUUCUGUGGACAAAGCUAAUGUCUUGGAAGCCUCAGUUUUAUGGAGGAAAAUAGUAACAGCAUUAGCCGCUGAAUAUCCUGAUGUUGAACUGACACAUAUGUAUGUUGACAAUGCUGCGAUGCAGCUUGUUCGUGACCCAAAACAGUUUGACACCAUCGUCACAAACAACAUUUUUGGUGAUAUAUUAUCCGAUGAAGCUUCAAUGAUCACAGGAAGCAUUGGCAUGCUCCCAUCUGCUAGUCUCAGUGAUUCGGGACCUGGACUCUUUGAACCUAUACACGGUUCUGCUCCUGAUAUUGCUGGACAGGAUAAGGCAAACCCAUUGGCAACCAUUCUCAGCGCUGCGAUGCUCCUGAAAUACGGACUUGGAGAAGAAAAGGCAGCUAAGAGAAUUGAAGAAGCCGUGUUGGUUGCUCUCAACAAAGGGUUCAGAACAGGAGACAUCUACUCCGCGGGAACUAAACUGGUGGGCUGCAAAGAGAUGGGAGAGGAGGUGUGUAAGUUAGUAGACAAGAUGAUGCCCUCAACUUCAAGCAUAAUCGCCGGAGAAGAAUCGGUAGUACCUCCUCCGUUGGCAAGCGUUUCCGGUGAAUCAUCUCUCUCCGAUAUGACGCAGACAGUUCAUUUUUCAUCUGGAAACCCCAGGAUCGGGGAGACUCGCGGCGUAAUGCAUCUGUUUUCCGACGAUGCUGUUUCGUCAUCUUCUUCUUCCUCCUCAAACCUCCCCAUUGGAAGGAACCCUCUUGUGUGCGUUCUUGGGGUGCCGAACCAUAUGACCUACGCAGAUUUCUGCCAGUUCUGCGGCUCCUUCAUUCAGCACAUAUUGGAAAUGCGAACGGUGAGGAAUGAUGGGGUUGAAAAUCGAUAUAGCAUUUUGAUAAGGUUUGAUAGUCAAGAAUCUACCGAUACAUUCUAUCAGCAUUUUAGAGGGAAACGAUUCAAUUCUCUGGAGGAAGAUGUCUGUCGCCUGCUUUUUACUCUAGAUGUUCAGUUUACUGGUUAUAGUGGGUCUAUUGACCAUACACAGCCUUCUGCUGGCCCAAUAGAGCAACCCACUUGUCCAGUUUGUCUUGGUAAAGUCUUAACCUCUGUAUGUAUUAUUCAAGUUUCUAUAUGGCUUAGUCGAGCUCUAGAAAGUGCAAACUUAGAUAGGUUGGACCAAGACACAGGUGGCAUUCUCACAACCAUGUGCAAUCAUUCCUUCCAUUGUUCAUGUAUUUCUAAUUGGCCAGAUUCUUCUUGCCCAGUUUGUCGAUAUUGCCAGCAGCAGCCUGAGAAUUCAGUAUGCUGUGUUUGCCAAACGACGGAGAAUCUCUGGAUGUGUGUUAUCUGUGGGGUUGUUGGCUGCGGAAGGUACAAGGGAGGACAUGCCCGAAACCACUGGGAGGAAACAGAGCAUUGCUAUUCACUUGAGCUUGAAACACAGCGUGUUUGGGAUUAUGCUGGUGACAAUUAUGUUCACCGGCUUAUUCAGUCCAAAACUGAUGGAAAGCUAGUGGAGUUGAAUUCUCACGGCAGUCUGAGCAAGGAUGGUUGUGGAAGCUGUGAAUAUUCUGACAGUGGAUUAACUGAUGCUCUCUUGAACAGCAAAGUGGACAUGAUCAUUAGUGAGUACAACGAACUCCUGCAGGCACAGCUAGAGAACCAGAAACAAUAUUUUGAGAAACUGCUACAAAACGUCAAAGAGGAAACCGAGCAGAAAGUCUCAGAAGCUGCGAGCAAGGCAAUAAGCCAGAGAUUGCCGAAGCUGCAAACCAAGCUUGACAGAUGUCUAAAAGAGAAGCAGUUUCUUGAAGAUCUGAACGAAAAUCUUGUAAAAAACAAGGACGUAUGGAGCACCAAGAUUACAGAAAUGGAAGAAAGGGAGAAGAAGUUAAUUCAGGCGAAGGAUGAAAAGAUUCAGUACUUGGAAGAACAGCUCGGAAAACUAAUGGCCCAAAUGGAUGGUGGUGAGAGUGAAGAAGGCUCAGAGCUAAAGGAGGUCCAGGAGGGUACUGUAUUGCCCAUAUCUGCCAACACCUCUCCCUCUGGGUCUGAGAGAGUUAAACAUGCAAGUAAAAGCAAGGGUAACAGAAGAAAGGGUUAA